AGUUGGACAUCAAAGCAUGGCUGUGCUCACAGAUGACUCAACAACAUAUGACAACGUUCGAACCUUGGCUGCAGCAAAAUUUGACCGCGUUCAGCCCCAAGUACAACUAUUGAUGGACAAAGCCUGCCAGGAGCUGCACUCGUCGGAUGCCCAGCUUUCCCCUAUUCAGCGGGAGGCGGUCGUUCGGGACCUACGCACGAUCCUCACCUCGGAUACCGUCCCAGACUCUGUGCGGCUUCCGGGCGAGCUGACUAUCGACUACAGUACCGCAAUUGUCAACCACGGGUCAGACAUCUACAAAGGCGAAUGGCGUACUAUCGUGCGAGGCGAACCGCGAAGGAAGGUCGUGGCAGUAAAGCGCUUGCGAGAUCCAAAUCCUAGUGCAGUGCGAGUGCGGAGAUUCUUGUAUGAGGGAACACUGUGGCGCAUGCUCGCUCAUGACAACGUCGUGCCCUUCUACGGCAUUCAUGCCGAAGGUAAGGUAAUCGAACUAGUGACUCUUUGGGUGGAGAACCGGGACGCGAUGACCUACAUCCGAAACGUUCCUGGGUGCCACCGGCGAGCGAUAAUUAAAGGCGCAGCAUAUGGCAUCUCUUACCUGCAUCGGUGCAACAUAGUUCAUGGUGGAAUCUGUGGUAGUAACAUACUCAUCGAUGAUAGUGGUAGACCCAUGAUGUGUGACUUUGGGCUAGCGACGGCAUCCAACGCAGACGGGGACCUGAUCAACGCUGGAGCCUCCACUUCCCAGACGACGACAACCGCACGAUGGAUCGCCCCCGAGCUCACGUCAUUCAACUCCCCGGUGCCCGUUCCAGCAAGCGACGUCUUUAGCUUUGCGCGGACGAUCUUAGAGAUCUUGACGGGAGAAAAGCCUUUCCCGAAGGAGAAGAACACGUUCAAGCUUAUUGCCGACCUGAGGGAUGGCAGGCUGCAAGUUGCUAGGCCUGAUGCGCCUGAGGUCGUACUACGCGGAUUGACGGACGGCGUGUGGGCGCUGAUGAAUGAGAUGUGGAAACAGGAUUUGAGGCAGAGGCCGAUGAUGAAGGACGUGGAGGCUCGGUUGGAGCAGCUUAUGUAGUGCCGGUGCGUCUGUGGUUGGCUGUAGAGCUCAG